AUGUUUCGACAUAUUACACUCUAUCAUCAAAGUGAACCAAAUUUUCGCAUGGUAUGUGAUUUGCACAAAGCAUGUGGUGUUCUUUAUCGCACUUACGCCGCUUACAAAUCGCAUGUGUAUCGAAAGCAUUUGACCGAAUUACAUUCUACAGAAAAAUACGACAACAAUACGUUUUCGACCGAUGAUCAACGAGACAGUACGAACUUCGAUAACGAAAAUGAUUCAUUGAAUGGUGAUGAUGAUCCAGAAAUGGUAUUAUCGAAUGAUUUCGGCAAUCAUAUAUUAUCAUUUAAUCUUAUUGACGAAGACGAGGAAACAAUUUUCUCAAUUAAAAAUAUUAAGAAAUCAUAUACUCUAUUUAUGUUACAAUUAAGGGAGGAAUUCCUGUUGCCGAAAAACGUGACGAACAUGAUUUCAAUUUAUAUUGGUACAUUGCUGCAUCAGAUUGAAAUUCUAUCUGGUAAACUGGCAUUUAACUAUCCUGUGGAUAGUCCGCCACUUGGAACAGCAUCUAUCCAACAUCAGAAUAAAAAAGCGAUUCAAUUUGAUCAAUUAAUACUUCUUUUAAAGGACAUUCGUAAUGCGGUUGAGUUCGUAACUAAAAAUGAAUAUCAGUUUGUCAAACAUUGCAUAGAAUACUUUGGUUUUGUUCCAGUUGACGAAAUUGUUGUGUCAUCUCCUAAUGAAGUCAAUGAUUGUGGAUAUUUUAUACCCAUUGACAAAACGUUAUCUUCAAUGCUGAAUUCUCAAUCAUUAGCACUCAAGGUGCUUGAAAAUAUCCACCAGCAACAAUUAGCAACUGAGUCUGAUAGUGAUUUGAUGUUCUCAAUCCGAGAUGGUUACCAUGGUUUAAAAUUAGACGACGAUCAUUUGCUGCUUCAACUAUAUCUUGAUGAUAUCGGACUGACAAAUCCUUUAGGAUCAAAACGAGACCAACACAAAAUGUCAAUGAUCUAUUUUACAAUCGAAGAUAUUCCUGAACAGUAUAGAUCAAAACUCGAUUUUAUUCAGUUGGUUGCCAUUUGUGAAAGUAGAAUUUUAAAGCUUCAUGGGCUUUUGGUGAAUGGCGUUCAAUUCAAGUUUACAUUUUCAACUGUUGUCGCCGAUAAUUUGGCAGCAAAUUGGCUAGGGGGUUUCCAAUCGACUUUUAGCAAUGGUUUUUUUUGCCGGAGAUGUUAUUCAAAUUAUCCAGAUAGAAUUUCACCCGCCCCAUUGGAACAAAUUAAUAGUCGUACGAUUGUUGAUCACGAUGACUUAGUUAAAGAGAUUUUGAAUGAUCCUCAUAAAUCUCCUCGUAUGGGUGUAGUUGGUGAAAGUCCAUUGAAUGAUCUUAUUGGCUUUCAUCCGACUAUGUCAUUGCCUGGUGACUGCAUGCACGAUUUCCUGGAAGGAUACGGCUACUUUGACACGAGCAACCGACCACCGCCUAUCCAAGUUAAACACUUACAAAAUGAUCGUGUCAUCGCAACUGCUUCCCAAAAGUUAUGCCUUUUUAAACUUUUCCCCGUGAUUUUUCAUGAUUUAAUUGAUCAAUUACCGUCGUUCAUCGUUUACAAAAUUCUUCGCGAGAUCUUAGACCUUGUUUUGUCGUACCCAUUUAGGAAAAGCUGGUUGCCUGUUCUUGGCGAUUUGUGCUUUGCAUUUCACAAAAAUAUGUUAUUACACUUUCCGGAUAAAAUCACGCCUAAAGUUCACUUUGUUCGUGAAUACGAACGAAUUAUUCACGACUAUGGGCCAGCGACACGUCAAUGGUGUUUGAGAUACGAGGCACAACACGCUUACUUUAAGAAGCUUUCUGUGAGAACAAACAAUUUCAAAAAUACUCCUAAAAUGCUUGCAACUCAUUUUCGUCCGAAACAAUGUUUGAAAUUUAUUCGUUUCUCUAAACUUCAAGAUGGUUAUCAUUCAGUAGGGAUGAAAAAGAUUCAUAACACAUCAUUUAAUGUGUCAAUGAGAAACGCUUUACUUGAUCACUUCGGUAAUAUCAAUUUUAACAGUGACUUCUUUCAAUGUGGCAAACUGAUCAAUGAAAACAUUGAGUACUGUCGAGCAGCUGUGUACGUAGUUCAAUUGAAGAGUGACAAUGAGCAGCCAUUGUUUGGUCAGAUAGUAUUUAUUUUGAAAAUGAAUGAAAAAUGGUGGCUAUUGAUGGACAUACUUAACACUGUAUAUUUUUAUGACAACUUAUUUGCUUGGAAUGUAAAAUCGGUUGAACGUUAUUUAAUCAUUGAUCCGUGCCAGUUGAAGUAUUAUUGCAAAGGGCUGGAUAUCUAUUAUGUGAACAAUUCAAGCUUUGUUACAUUAACUGGUCGUCUCACAUCGUAUUAG